CUUACUUUCAGCAAUCUUCAAAGGAAGCCGACAUAAAUCGUGCUCAAAGCAAUUUAUUUUUGUUAAAAAUAGUAGUAUGUUUCAUUGUGAAAGGUCAUUUUAAAACUAAAUAGCUGACAAAAUUAAAAAAAUAACGUUUGAAGAAGAAGGAAAAGAGUUGGUGUUCAGGGUGAAAGAUUUUCCUUGCCUUUCUGACCCAAAGUUGUUUCCUUUUUUCCUAAUUUUGUAUAUUCUCUCUUCACAGGUUACGUCGUCUUCUCAAAGUAGUAAUAAUAACAAGACUUACUUUCUAUCUUUCUUUUUCAUUCUUUCUCGCAUUAAAUGUGGCUACAAAAGUGUUAAUGUGAAACAAAUACCUUAUGUAUCGCAGCUCAAAAAUUAAAAUCCGCUAGUACAUGGGCACUAUGGUUAGCUCAUUGUUAGCCCAUAGUGAGAACCAAGCUUAACUAAGCUCAAAAAAUUUUCUAUACUAAGAACAAACUUAUGCCUCUCGAUGAAGAAAACAGUGUCCAUUAGAUAAAAUGUGUCUAUUCAAAACUCACCCUGCAUCCCUAACAUUUUGGCUUUCAUGAAAAGACUAUAGUGUUGUGUUACCCUUAAAACUGUGAACAAAAUACACAAGCGUUUAGUAAUAAAAAACCAAAUGGUCGUACUUAAAUGAGAGGGGCUAAAAUUGCAAAUAUCAAGUAUGCACUAUUGAGUCUAAUAUUAAUGGUAUGACGCUUUGCACUGUUAACAUAAUUUUGAAAACCUUACUGUUGUAACUGUUUUUUUAUUUGCAGAAUUUUUAAUGCAAUGACUGAAGUGAGAGACUUAAUGACUAUAAACUUCUUUACAGAUUAAUUUCCAUGUGUUCUUAAAUCUAACAAAUAUUAUAAUUACAUCUUUUUUAGAUUCAGGCAGAAUGAAGGAAAACAAAGAGGAGGUUAAGAAAAUUAUAAGAUCACUGUUGUUGUCCAGCAAACAUGGUUUAACUGUUAAUGAGCUUUGCACAGAAUACACAGAAGUCACCUGCAAAUGUUUGCCUUACAAGGAACUUGGCUACUUUUCAGCUGUGGAUUUGGUGAAAGACAUGUCUGAUGUGGUUAGGCCAUUUUUUAUGUCUGGUGGAGUAAUGCUUCUCAGAGGUAUACCUGAUAGUUCCACAGCUCACAUUAAUGAACUUGUGAGAAGACAGAAAUCAACUGGAGCUAACAGUCGUAUCGUAACUCAACAAGCAGCACCUAAACCAACAAAGAAGAUUGUGCCUUACAAUAUUAGAUCAAAACUUUUGGAACUUAUAUCGUUGUAUCCAGCAGGAAUUGAAAUGAGACUGUAUGAGAGGGCUUACCAUCAUUACUUUGGAAAGAGACUACAGCCACCACUCUGUGGUUUUCCUUGUCUGCGUUCACUUAUUGCAACCUGCCCGGAUAUCAUAACAACAAAGAUAAAACUUGAUCAAGUGUUUUUGUUUCCAACAGUUUUAAAAGAUCAACCCAAAACCACUAGAGAGCCACCACUUCCAUUGAUGAACAAAAUUAUUGCUGCUCCUUCUGACCAAAAAUCAAACAUUGGAAUACCUGAUAAUCUAAAGCAAGAAAUAUUUACGGUGUUGAGUAAAUGUAAAAAUGGAGUAUGGUCAGCAAGAUUUCCAUUUGAAUACAGGGUACUGCACAGGAAGUGUUUCGAUGUCCAAGCAUUAGGAUUUAACAGUGUUGUUGAAUUAAUGUCAAAACUUUCCGAUCUUGUAUCAAUCAAAAGGCCUGUUGCGAAUGGUGACUGGUUAUUAUUUGCUAAAGGAACAGUUAUAGAAGCAGAAGAAGUUGCAAAGAAUACUGUGUCUGCAUUUGAUAAAUAUUCAUUAAAAAAUCCUCGUGAACUUGAUGAGCUCAUUGAAAUCUACUUGUCAUACAUCAUCGAUCCAACAGCAUUUUGGUUUCAAUGUGUCGAUAACUUAAAGGAGUUGGAUGAGCUCAUGGAUAAAAUUAAUGAGUUUUAUUCCAAUAUUCUGACAUCUGAAUACAGUUUAUCCACAGGUCAUCUAAAAGUUGGCCAGCCAUGUUGUGGAUUAUAUGAAGAUGGAUAUUGGUACAGAUGUCGUAUCAAUAAAUUGAUUUCUAUCAACCAAGUUCAGGUUUUUUAUGUCGAUUAUGGAAACGAGUUGAAUGUGAACAUCAAAAGUUUAAAACAACUUAAAAGAGAGUUUUUAAAGUUACCCUGCCAAGCUAUGAAGGGACAACUGCACGGUAUAAAACCAUUUGGAAAGAGUUGGUUGAAAGCGUCUAACGAAAAGUUGUAUGAAUUAACCAAUGACAAGCACAUGUUUGGAAAGAUUGUCGAAGUGGAUGAAACAACAACAUCAAUGGAGAUUAUAGACACGAACAACGAUGAUGACGUGUAUAUUUCACAAGUGUUGUUGGAUACCGGUUGCGCUUUACCAAUUAAAGGGCGAAGCGUCACUGGUUUUACUACAGAAACGAAGAACAGCGUAUCACAUCUGGAGAGUCUCUAUCGUGAAUACUACCAUGCUUUGAAACAAGCAUCAAAUACUCCACCUGACGAACAAAAACAUCCAUCUGGAGCGUCACACGAAAAUGUGUUGGUUACUCCUCCAUCUUAUACGAGCAGGAGUCAUCAGAAGUCCAACUUCAAUGACAAUACAGAAAAUUUCAAUGUGAAAAACUCACCUAUGAGUGAUACUAGAUCAAACGAAUCAACGGAUAAUUAUCAGAAACAAGUUGAUUCAUUUAAACGUCAAAAGACUUCUACUGACGAAGAACGAAUAACACCCAAUGACAAAGGUUUACCGUGUUCGAGCGUAAAUCCUGCGCAUGAUGAAGUUAAAAGAGAUGAGCAGAUCAAAAAAGAACAGAAAAAUUCGCAGAGCUCUGUCAAACGUGUUGCAAUCAACGAGAAUGUUUGCAUUCAUCUUGUACGGUUUAACGACCAACCAUACAUGACCAGCGCCGACGUAUCUUCUUUGUUCUGGAAUGGUGACAUCAUUCGUCAAAUGCUGCGUCAAAAGGGUUUACAGCUUCCCAAGGAGAUUCUGUCUGAAGAAGAGAAACCAGAGUUAUUUUCAACUCUUUUACAAUUUGAUGUGAAAGGCGUUAAGACUGGAGAAACGAUUCGUUCUUGUAUUUCUUUGUAUCCACUAGAAAGCGUGUUGAAAAUUUUCUCUAAAUUCGAGUCGAAAUAUCCAGAAAGUGAAAAAAGCCUCAAAACAACACAUCAACUGCACAAUUCGUCACCAGACCUGCUUUGGGAAUGCAAGACACCCGAUGAUGAGGAACACGAGGAGAAGAGAUUGCAACUGCAAGUUUUGAAACUUAAAAAGAGGAGGUUAUAUUUUAGUAUGAUGACCAACUGCGCGUCACAAUCAACGCUUGAUGAACUGAAGGAGAUUGAAGAAAAGAUUGGUGCACUGGACCAUUCUCCAAAAAUUUAAGAACAUUUUUACUACUUUAACAAGAUUAAUUUUCGCGCCAACUUAUUUUCGCGAAGGAAUUUUGUCGUGAUUCGCAAGAUCAAUUUUGGUGAAUUAGUAGCUAAGACGUGGAUCUUUUGAAAAUAUACAAACCACGAUAAA